AUUUCUAACAACCUCCCCGGUAAUGCCAAUGUUGCUGGUCCCUCGAUCACAUCUUGAGUAGCAACCAUCAUGCCCAAGGAGCAUAUGCAAAUUAUCAGAUUUGUGGUCCUGGAGGAUGUGCUAUGUAGGAGAGCAGCCCUGAUGAGCAUGCCAUCUCUGAUAUUUACUAGCUGUGUGACCUUGGACAAGCAUCUUUACCUUUCCAGGUCUCUGCUUUCUCAUCUGUGAAAUUAGGAGUUUGGUCUGGAUGAUCUCUAAGAUCACUUUGGACUGUAAAAUCAUUUGAUUAUUUCUGAUGAAGAAAACCUACUUUAGAACCAAAGGCUUACUCUGAGGGCAAAUUUCCCUUUUAUUACAAGGCAGGGGAGGGGAGUAAAAUCUACUGUGAUUCUUUUAUUUAUCUUCUUAACUCCAAAUUUUUUAUGUGUUCUAAGGUCAUUUAUCUUUCUGAAUGUGCAGAACAUCGACAUUAUCCAUGAAGAAGAGGCAACAUUGAGUAGUGAACAACAACAUUUGAUCUCUCUCCAACUCAGCUCUCAGCCUCCCCAGGGACUUCUUGAUAGCUAACAGCUUUGACUACUUGAUCAUGACACUGCCUCUCUAAUUACAGAACAAAACUACUGACUGCCUGUUGGUCACUGGUAUUGGUACUCACUUCUCGGUGCCACCUGCUUCAAGGAGAUAUAAUGGAGAAUUUCACAGAAUCACCACCAAGUUUGCAGGUAGAGCAUUCCUCCCUUUGGGCAGAUAAUCUGAUUCUAGAGCCACAAGUUCAUCACCUGACUGAGGACAAUACUGCUCUAAGAGGUCAAGUCAUGCCUACCUUGGCCACCCCAAUGAUGCCUGUAUCCAGCUCACUUGAGCAUCUCAGCCAGUUUCAUGUUGACCCUGCCAAUCUCUCAGGGUUUCUUGCUCAGGCGACUACCUACUUGACAACUCUCAAGACCCCCAAUCCUGCAGAUGAUGUCCAGGUCAAGUUUUUUUUUGACUAUAUAUCUCGGCAGGUAGAAAGAUGUAGGAUCCUACCUGGGUCUGACCAGAAUACUCUGCUGAAACAAUAUGAGAACUUUGUUUUUGAGUUCCAGCAGUUAUUUGGUGAGCCCACAAAACAGGAAAUGAACCCUCUGGUGAAUGCUAAAGUUGACAAAGGGGAUGAUUCCUUUCAACAGUAUGCUACCACCUUCCAGCACCUUGCUCAAAAUAUGAACUGUAAUAAAACCAUGUUGAGUGACCAUCUCCAAGAGGGACUGGCCGACCCCAUCCAGGAUGAAGUGAGUGGUACAGAUAUGGUGGAAAACCUCCCAGACCUGAUUACUCAGUGCAUUCAGUUGGACAGGAAACGUAGUGACAGGCCAGAGCUCCUGCAGUCAGAGGCACAUCUUCUAAGGCCAGCUUCUCUGAUCCACCACCAAUACCUCUCCAAUCCCACAGGCCCACCAGCCAAGGAAGAGCCUACACAGCUGCGGGGAGGCCAGCAGCCUCUCACACCAGCCAAGCGCGCCCGCCAGCAAGAAACCCAGUUUUGCCUCUACUGCAGCCAGCCUGGCCACUUCACAAAAGAUUGCCUCGCCAAACGUUCUCGAGCCCUGGCAAGGAAAAAUAACCCAACUCACAAGUAAGAGGAACCCAAGAAGAUUACUUUUCAAACUUAUAUCCCUCUCACCUCCAGCCUUACUAAUUUAUGCUCUAUACUAACUUUCAAAAUACAGGUGGGGAACUGUGAUAACGUUUUAUAGUUGUGAACUAAUGUGCUUCUGAGAACUUGAACUAAUGUGCUUCUGAGAACUUAAACUAAUGUGCUUCUGAGCCCUUGUUCAUUGGAAACUGACGCCUCAAACCAAACCUGAGCCCACAAAAUGAUGAAAACAACUCACAGGCAUGCUCUGCAGGUGGGAUCAAUCCCCCAAGAGUACUGAAAGCUUGCAGGCAAAGCUCUGCCCAGUCUGAGCUAAUGAAAAGAAGCCUGGCAGUGCAUUAGGAACCCCAUCCCCACCAACGGGUGGAAUUUGGGUUGAGUUUGUUGGCUCAAGUCUUGUACCUUCUGUGCCUAGGAUUGAGCACAAGGCGCUCACCCUGUCAUUGGUCUAUAUCCCAGUUCUCUGUUGGUUUGUGACCUUUGGUUGCAGUCCUAAUCCCCUUCCCAUAUCCUGCCAAUUCUUUCGUCGUAAAGGCUGGAUCCUGCUCCUUAUAACUCUAGCUGUUGACUAAGGUUCAAGUUCAACCCAAACCAACCUUCCUGGAACCACAGCUCUGCCACCU